UUAUCUUAUGCAUCUCUAUAUAUAUAAUAAGCCGCAUAUCUCCCUCCCCCAUCACUCAGAUCUCUUAAUUCUGAUUUCUUAUCCACCCACUGUAUACAUCGUAACUUGUAAUUUGUCUCCAUUUGGGUUUAUCUUUUACUUUCUAAACAAAAAUGGAAUUGAAGAACAUGGUCGCCAUGGUUGCUCGUACAGGUCGCCAAUUGCAGCGAUACAACAAGGGCCACCGUCAAAUCGUUGGAUGUAUCCCUUACAGAAUAAAAUCCAACAAAGGGAAGAAUUUAGAAGAUUCAUUAGAAGUUCUUGUCAUUAGUGCACAAAGAAAAGGCAAAGGCAUGUUGUUCCCUAAGGGAGGUUGGGAAUCCGAUGAAUCCAUUAAAGAAGCUGCUCUAAGAGAAUCCAUAGAAGAAGCUGGAGUAUUCGGAACUGUUGAGCGUAUAUUGGGUAAAUGGUUAUUCAAGAGCAAAAGCAAUGAAAACUAUUACGAAGGGUACAUGUUCCCUUUACUUGUGAAAGAACAGCUCGACUUAUGGCCUGAAAAAGAUAUUCGUCAACGAAUUUGGGUGAGUGUGCCAAAAGCUAAAGAAGUUUGUCAACAACCAUGGAUGAAAGAAGCAUUGGAUUUGCUAGUAAAUAGGCUCGAAUCAUCUCAAACUAUUGAAGAAGAAUCCGUGUAACUUAUAUCUUAAUAAGAAGUAGAUGUAAAUAGGAACAUGAUUAAUUGAAGAAAAAGAAUUGCACUUGGAUCGAUGGCUUGCGUAUUGCAGAUCAAGGCAUUUGUUAGAAGAAAAGAUCAAAGAAACUGAAGAAACAAAGUAGGAAUGUAAUUUAAAAAUCACUAACUUUUGUUUCGAUUUUGUUUUUAAUUUCUUUCUUCUGAGUUCAAGUAAUGGAACUUAUUUUGAUGUUUUUGUUGUACGACUUGGUUCACCAUCA